CUGAAUGGGUCUGUCUAUCUAUCGAUGUUUGUGGAGUAUAGGCUUCCCCUUCGAAACAAGUGCACGGACAACACUGAGACAGUUUAAGCCGGCUAUAUUUUCAGAAUGAACCCUUCUGAUGACAAAGUUUUGAAAACCAAGCUACUGCAGCUGGAGUGUCACUUCACCUGGGCUCUGACCAAAGAAAAUGUAGACCUGUCAGAUCUGCAGAGCAGGCUGGAGGACCAAAUAGAGCUGGACCUGGGCAAGAAAGUUGGGGCAGCCCGAUCAUAUGGUUUUUUGGGCUAUGUCAGGUACCUGCAAGGAUUCCUAGACGAUGCCUUUGCAAACCUGCUGAAAUCGGAAGAGCUCACAAGGGAACACGGUGAGGAUUGUGAGAGAUUUCUCAUUGUCACAUAUGGCAAUCUUGCCUGGCUACACUACUACCAGGGAUCGUACUCCCAGUGCAAGAGCUUCUUGGAGAAGCUUGUAGGGAUAAAGGAGAAGUUCCCCACUGGGUCCCCAACCGUGCUUCAUCCAGAGGUUUACGGUGAGAAGGGCUGGACCUUCCUCAAGUUCGCCUACAAGUACUAUGAGAAAGCGAAGGAGUGCUUCAAGAGAGCCUUGGAGCUGGAGCCAGACGACAGUGAGUCGAACGCAGGCUACGCCAUCGCUCUCUAUCGCACAGAAAUCAAGCCACCAAGACUGAAAGACUCGCUGACGGUAAAGCAACUCAGACGAGCCUUAGAGAAAAACCCAGAGGACGCCGUUCUAAUGGUGUUGCUGGGCCUGAGGUUGGCCCUGUUCAAGCAGCACAACGAGUCAGAGAAGCUGGUCGAUGAGGCUUUUGAGAUGGAUCCAAGCAACCCACAUGUGAUUCGCUACGUCGGGAAAUAUUUCCGCCAUGGUGGCUCCGUGGACCGCUCCAUUGCACUAUUCAAGAGGGCCGCGGAGCGCACCAAUAAUUCUGCCUUCCUUCACCAUCAACUGGCUCUGUGCUACAAGAUGAAGAAGACGGACCUGUUUCGUAUAGGAGGCGCCAGGGGCAAAGGACCUGAGAUCAGACAGCUCAUCCGUCAGUGCAUCUAUCAUCUUGAACUGGCCACGACCCUGAAAUCUAACUUUAUUAUCGCCAUGGCCGAGCUAGCUCUGCACUAUGGGGAGAGUAAAGAUUUUGCUCGGGCUGAGGACAUGUUCCAGAAAACAUUUAAUGUGGCGAAGGAGAAGCACGAGAAAUUGCAAUCGGUGCACCUUUACUAUGGUGAGUUCCAGCAGUACCGCAUCAAGUCUGAAACACUGGCUGUCAAGCACUACAAGGAGUGUUUGACACUUGGGCAGGGCACAGGCGAGGGGAAGCGGAGCGCCAGCUCCCUGAAGAAGCUGGCUGAGAGACGCCUUGAAGGGGACCCCAGAGACGGAGAAGCCUUUGGGAUCCUGGGAUUCGUCCACAAGGCAAAGGGAGAGACGAGGCAGGCAUUGGAGUGCUAUGAGAAAGCUCUGCAGUUUGAUUUUAACAAUGACGAGUAUCUCAGUGCCCUGUGUGACCUUCGGUUGUCAUUGCAGUAAUUCUUCCUCCAUGUCAUAUAAAGGCUAAUAACUACAACCACAACACGUCACAUCACAUACAUGGACAUUUCUCCACUACUAAUAUAAAACUUGGUUGAUGUGACAGCAGUCAUUGUGCUAGAAUGCAUCUGGUUUGGAGUUGGAACAUACUGUUAUGCAGCAACAAAACCUAAAAACAACAAAAUAUUGAUCACCAUAAAGUCAUGUAUUUCCACAACACUGCUUUGUAAACGUUCACUAUUAAAUACAUGAGCUCUUUACUA